AUGAAUGACAGCAAUGCAACCUCAAAGUUUCCUAAACAACACUCCGACGAUCGACUCAAGACCUUAAGCAAAUUUCUUCCAAUUGCCAUAGCAAUAGUUUUGGCUAAUGGACACGUGUUUGUCAUGUUUUACCGAUAUAGUCGUCUUCGCACCUCUUCUAACUAUGUGCUUCUCAGCCUGGCAAUUUGUGACUUCAGUACUGGCGUUAUCGCUAUUCCAUACUUCAUUGUUUAUAAUUUUGGCAUUUUUCCGUCACAAUUAAGUAUUGGGGUACACAUCUCGCAUACAUUACUAGCUGCAUCAGGUGCUUAUCACAUACUCUUUAUUACUGGGCUCAAGUACAUGGCAACGGUCAGUUCACUGAAACACUAUUUGGUGACUAAGAGCUUGGUUUUGAAAAUUGUGCUCGGCGUUUGGAUCACUUCGACUGCUUUUGCUAUCAUUCCUUUUGUUCUGUAUGAUGCUGAGGUAUCUACGCGUUGGGACGUUAUUUAUACUUCAGUUUGCUUCGUUGCAGUUUCCCUUUUCCCGUACAUAUUUAUGAUUUAUGCAUACAUGGACAUGCUCAGUGUAAUUACUAAAAGGCAGCGACCAUCUUUGAUUCAGAAUAAAAACUCACGGGGACAGAAGAAAGACGGAAGUGACAGGAAGUGUAUCUUGGUUUUCGCAGCCAUGGCGAUCAUAUUUGCCUGCUGUUGGUUCGCUUAUUUUAUCGUCAUGCUAUUAUUCCAAAUAGGACUAAAAGAUUUGCUUAGCAUCAUCGAAGCUUUUGUGGUCAUUCGAUAUAUCACAUCUUUCGCCAACCCUCUUCUCUAG